UUCCCUUCCAGGACGACUCCGAUAAUCUGCCGAUCUCAUCCCCGUUGCAUGAAUCAUGUUCCCCUCUUCAAUCGCAGAAUGCUAUGAGUACAUGGUGUUACAUCCAACACGUCACUGCUCAUGCCCUGGUCUAAAGUCUUUCGCAAUAUUCCGUGGAUCCGCAUCUUCUUAUGAUGCGAGCUUCUUCCGGUAGUAUGGGUGGGGUAUCAUGAUUACGGAAUUGCACCUUCGCCCGCUCGGAAGCUCGGCACCUGCAACUCACAUGCAGCGAUCGGCGCAUAGAGAUCGGCAUCGCGAGGGUCCCUCAAUUCAGUUCAAUUUAGUCAUGCUGCAACUUGCUACCUCCUUCGGCGUGCUUCUGGCGUUCGUGUCAUUCGCCGCGGCCCAGUCCGCUGUGUGGGGCCAAUGCGGGGGGAUAGGUUGGACCGGCGCUACUACCUGCGUUUCCGGAAGUGUGUGCACCUACCAGAACGAUUAUUAUAGCCAAUGCCUUCCAAGUACUGCUUCCGCGACUUCGGUUGGGACGUCGACGACCAGCGGUACUACUUCUACGGUUGCGACUACAUCAACCAGUAGUGCUCCGGCAUCGACAGCGAAUAUCGGCCUUAAUGUUGCCGCCAAAGCUGCCGGGAAACUUUACUUGGGCUCGGCCACCGAUAAUCCCGAACUCACCGACACAGCCUAUGUGGCUAUCCUGAGCGAUAGCACGGAAUUCGGCCAGAUCACGCCAGGAAACAGCAUGAAAUGGGAUGCUACGGAGCCCUCCCAAGGCACGUUCUCCUUCGCCGGCGGAGAUACUGUCGUCAACCUUGCCAAGGCGAAUGGCCAGCUGGUCAGAGGGCACAACUGUGUCUGGCAUAAUCAGCUGCCCUCUUGGGUCAGCUCUGGUAAUUUCAAUGCGACUGCAUUGGCGUCCAUCGUCGAAACCCAUUGCAGCACGAUUGUCAGCCACUGGAAAGGGCAAAUGUAUUCGUGGGACGUGAUCAACGAGCCCUUCAACGAUGACGGUACCUGGCGCACGGACGUCUUCUACAACACCUUGAACACGACCUACGUUUCUAUCGCCCUCAAAGCCGCUCGCGCUGCUGAUCCUGCCGCUAAACUGUACAUCAAUGACUACAACAUUGAAGGAAGCGGCGCUAAGGCCACAGCCAUGCUGAACCUCGUCAAGCAGCUUCAGGCCGAUGGUGUACCGAUUGAUGGCGUCGGGUUUCAGGGUCACUUCAUCGUCGGUGCCCUUCCGUCGACGAUUCAGGCAAAUCUGGAAGCGUUCACUGCUCUCGGCAUCGAGGUGGCCAUCACCGAGCUCGAUAUCCGCAUGACCCUCCCCGCUACGGAUGCCCUCCUUGCUCAACAGAAGAAAGAUUAUCAGACCGUCAUCUCCGCCUGCAAAGCCGUCACGGGAUGCAUUGGGGUCACUAUCUGGGAUUACACUGACAAGUACAGCUGGGUGCCGUCGACGUUCUCCGGCCAAGGCGCCGCAUGCCCUUGGGACGCAAAUCUCCUUCGCAAGCCCGCAUAUGAUGGCAUCGUGGCGGGAUUCCAGUCCUGAACUUCACUUGCUUGCUAAUGCGCAGCAAAACGAUUCGUGAGGCCGUGUAACAUACCAAAUUAAAUUCAGAUAUUUCUUGUCAUGCUGGAGAAAAGAAAAUGGAGAAUAUUCACUCACUCAAAUCAUGGUAUGCAUGUUUGUUGACGGCCCUGCCGAACUUCGUGGUGACUAGCACACGCCGGGUGGUUAUUGCUUGGACCAGCGCAGGUAGAGACUAUCGCCGCUUUUUGUACUAAGUAUCCAGGGCUGAGGCCUCGAGCUCAACUUGAACAUGCACCUCGGUGUCUAUACUUUGAAUUCGUUUCGGAAAUAGAAACGUGGGG